AUGCCAUCUUUCCUCUCUGUUUCAUCCUUGGUGCUUGCUGCUUCCCUCAGCACCAUCACCUAUUUGACUUUCCUCCACCGUUGCCUCAAGAACCGCAUACGCCAUGAGACACAUUGCGGAACACUCUCCAGCUCGGUGUCUUCCACCAUAUCCACGAUUCCUCCCGAAGUAUACACGCCGGAAUACUAUGCUCUCCACGAUCGAGCUAGCCGCCGAGUACCCCGCCAGCUGCUUCCCCGUCAAAAAGACGCUGAAAUCCUGACCAUCCUCUUGCGUCGCAACAUGACAGCUUUCGCACACUUUCCUCAGUGCUAUAUGCUGUGGCUGAUCAGUCCAGCCUCAAAACGCCCAACGUUCCACACAUCAUAUAUUGAUUCGCUGGAUUUCAACAAGGGUGAUGUUGUCUGCGGAGUAUACCGUGUCCUAGACCGAACCGCGAACAAGGUUGAGUUCGGAAUGACAUACAAAGGGGUUGAUGGACGAUUGGUGAUCCGAUUCUGGGAUGAGGACAAGGACGUUGUUUUCGCCAGUGAAACUGCUAUGUGGACAAAGGUGGAUGAAACAGAGCGGGCCACAAUGCCACUCGAAAACCCGGUGCUUCGGUUCUUUCAUGAAUUGGCCGCGUGGUGGCUGUUAGAUUCCGGGGUCAAGUAUCUGACGGACUUGGAUGCAGAACUGGAGGAUGAUUGA